AUUCGCCCGCCAAUUCGGUUUUGAUCAAACCAUUCCGAAAGACUGUGGAUUGGUGACAAGGAGAAUGCGUAGCUAUGGAACAAGCCCGUAUAACUGGGCGAUGGUAUGGAAGCAAUUACUGGUGGUCGAGUCAGAUCUACUUUUAUAAUCCCAGGCAGCAAUCGUACCACAUGUGCUUCAUAUGGCUAUAUGAGAUGGUGGGUUCACCAAUCGUACUUGGUUAAUAAGUGCCUACCAGUAACUGAACCGAUCUGGAUUUCCCCGCCGAAACUCAAGGGUCGUAGAUUUGAAGAGGGAAUAGGCUUUGUGCCGGAGAGGAGUCACCCGCCUUUUCCCGGUCAACUUUGCAGAAGGAUAUCUUUAGAAGAGCCAAUUCGUGAAAGGAAACCCGCCAACACGCUAGAGGAAUGGAUAGCCCAUGGGGUCAUUACGGAUUUUGAAAAAGUCCCACAAGAUAGCUCUAAUAGAGUGGUUGAAGAUGUGACGGAGGUUCCAUGUCCUGUUCAAGAAGAUGUUGCCACUAUUCAAGGUGACCCGGUUCUUUCUCCUCUUCCUCAACCUACUCAUCCUAGCUCGUCUUAUCCGAUGACAAGGUCCCGAUCACGUUCUCAAGCUUCUCCUCCUUUGCGUCAAGGAGUUGUUAACCUGACCUCUCCAGUCUCGGCUGAUAAAAACCUUCAACUAGGAAGCAACAAGAUUUCCCCUUCUAAAGGAAAGCAAGUUGUAAUUGAAGAUAUAGAAGAAGAAGAAACAGAAGGAGAGAAUUCACCCUCGUCGUUUGGAAGUACUGCUUCUAUUGAAUAUGAUACCGAGGAAAACGACGAAGGAGGCGAUGGAGACGACGAUUUUGAAGAGGGAGAAGUUAACAUUGAUGAUGAGGAUGUUGUUGUUGUUGAAGGUGUAUCUACUGGUGAAGAGCAUCUUUCAUCAGUUCAUCAAAAUAUUGAAAUUGAAGCUUCCCCCGCUGCUGAUAUUCCUACAGGAAUCCCAACAGCAAUAGAAGAAGAAGAUGAGCCCUUGGAUUAUGGGGAGUACGGAUUCUCACCGAGCGAUACUCCUCCUGAAGAUCUUCCUCCCGCUGCACCAUCGGUCCCAACGAGAAUUUCCUUAGCUACCUUUGUGGCACCAAGGGUGGUGGCCCGUGGAAUCGUUUUUCCAACAGAGCCCACGGAUCUACCCACUCCAACAACCAUUGAUUCAAGCAUUGAGGCCAGAGCCCCUUCUUUUGCUGAUAUUUUGGGGCCUGAUCCUUCUUCCAUUAAAGAGACAUGCUCUCCUACUGCUCAGAUUCUUGCAGAAGCUGUCUAUAUGUUCAAGGAUCCUGAUCAAUGCUUGGAUUUGAAUAUUGCUGUAGAGGUCUUAGACACUGCUACAAAAAUGGCAAAAAUCAAUGUUUCUCCUUUACGCGACUCUCUCUUGAGAUUUCGUGAUUCGAUAACUGCUUUGAAAUCGGCAGAGAAUAUAGCUGUCGCUCCAGAGGUCCUGGAAUAUGGGAGACGGUAUCUUCCAAGGAGAAGGCUUCCCAAAUUGCUUCUGUCGUCUCCAAAUAUGAUCAAGAGCAGUUAUCCCUCCAGGAGCAACUGAAAGCUUCUACCGACAAUAGAAUAGCUAUCCAGAAUCAUAUUGCUCUCUUGAAGAAAGAAAUUCUACAAUUGGAGACAAAGGAUUGGGAAGAGGAGUUACAUAUAAAGAAGAUCCAAGAGAAGAUACAUGCCAAUCUUCAUUCUGCCAAUGCUGAACGAUUUGAGCUGAUUAAAAAUGAAGAACUAAUUGCCUCUUUAGAGAGGAAGUUAGCCAAUGUUCCAAAUCAUGCAAAGAUUAUUUUUGAGGCUAAAUCAAAACAUAUUGCAACUCAGGUUCAACUUAAAGAAGACUUGCAGAAAUACUUGGCAGCAUUAGGCAUGACAAAAGAACUAUAAAGGACUUUGUUCUAUUUUCCUUUCCUUUUAUAAUCACAUGUAAUUUUCUCUUGCGCUGAAAGAUAUAUAUAUAAAUGCACUAUGAUGUUUUGAGAUAAUUGCUUCUUUUGAAAGUUUAUUUUUUUUUAUAGCUUAUUUCAAGCAUAUAUAUCCUCAUGCGAUCGUUCAAGGUAUGUUACAUUUUAUCAUAGUUCAUUAUGAUUGUUAGUAUGGGAUCUCCUAUGUGAUUUUUGUUUUGAUAGGCGGAACUAAAUUUCAGUUUUAGUUAGAUUGCCACGCAGUUUAAGCUCUUGAGUAGUGGAGCAAGCACAGUUUCUUAGACUCAUGUUGGAGUCGGGUCUUACACAAAUGGUCGUUGUAACUCUCAUGAGUUUGUUGGACUUAUUGCGGCCGAGGAGUUCACAAACCACGAUCCAUCAGAGGGGCCCAGUGAAGCUA